UGUACACUCGUGUUUUUCUCUGUAGAUUUCAGGACUCGACAAGAGCUGAAUAAAGCGAUUCUUACGAGCGUGGGGUUAUUUCUGUUCUCUUUUUAAAAAGAGUGGACAUUUCUGGAGGAAAACAUGGAGUCUGGAGGGGAGAGUUCUGACUUUGAUGGUUCUGUUCAAGGAUACUUUUCAGGAACUAACGGAACACACCGCAAAAAAAACUCCUUCGGUCUGAAAAUGUAACAAAUAUUGGUCUGGAAUAGAAAAAAACACAGAAAGCUCUUUUAAAAGCUACAUUUUACUCGGUGGUAAAGGAUUUUGAAGCUUGUAACUUGAGAGGCCGAUUUCUUGCGCGGAGUUUAACGGUCGUCGGUCGCCACGGAAACCGGAGCGCAGGUGCAGUGUGGUAGUGAUGCCUUCUCUGCACCACUGCGCCGUGUUUAUUGGCGUCUUUCUGAUCGUAACCGGUGGCGCUACCGCCUUCCUCACGUCCACCCAGAGCAGACUGCAAGCUUUUAGCCUGUGCUGUGUGGUGCUCGGAGCGGUCAUGCUCAUCCUCGGCCUCUUUUGGGCCAUGAACGGCAAGAACAGGAACAGCUCCUACAAUAACGAGUACACGCACGACUACGGACACGUGAUGUUCAGCCCGCCGCCGGGCAGCCACUUCCCCGAAACUCAGUCCGUCUUCUUACAAAGAACUUUGGAACGGCAGAGGCGAGCAGUGUAUGGAGAGGAUUUUGACUAUCCUCCUAUGGAGCCAACUUGUUUUAGCCCAGCUGCUCGAGGGCCACCCCCCCAUUGGGAGAUGGAGCCUCCUCCUCCAUACGAAGUGGCCAUCAAAACGACAUGUAGCUCCACGCAUCUGCGACGAAGCUACUCGGACACGCUGUUGCCCACUGAGCCGCUCUUCAGUCGUUCCCGUGAGAUAAGCUUUGAGGUGUAAUUCACUGGCAAAGUCAGCUAUAAGUUUUCUCUUCCUUAGUGGAGCCAUUAACUAGUAUUGGGCAAGCCAUUUAUGUUUUUUUUUUUGUCCCAGUCCUACCUUUCUAAAUGCUAUUUUUAAUAUAGUAAUUAUUAAGUAAUUGUGUAACUUUAUAAAAAGGGAAGGCCCCAAGGACUACGUAU